CAUGAACGCGCCUCGGAUCCGCUAGAUUAGUGCUGCUGGCGCUGCACACGGAUGGAGUCGAAGUGAAAUCAGCACUCUGCGGUCCAGUUUGCAGGCGUGACACUCCGGGUCGUCCUGUAAAGCAGUACAAGUUCGGGAACUGGACUCUACAUCUCUGGGGUUUUUUUUAUCGUUUAUCUGGUAUCGCUCCACACUGAGAGUGGACGCGCGUUCGUUGGUCGGCGUUAUCGACUUGGAGUUGGUGGGAACAACGGACGCUGUCUGUUCGCCUUGAGUGAGGAAAAAACGUUACGCACGGCUUACAGACUGAGUAACCGACACUUUUGCCGUGUGUCAGGGACAUUAACGUUACAGUAUGCGGAUAAACGGCCAGCAGAAACUGCCUAACUGCUUAGCUGACUAACUAGCUAAGUAGCUAACGUUAAGGCGCUAGCAGCGCCAGGCUUUGUUUUGCUUGUGCAGAGAGACACUAACGUUCAUUAGCUACCUCUGUUUACACAGAUGAGGGAACCUCGGCACAGUUAUCUUCAUUUAAACGAAGAGUUAAAUGUGUUUUUUCACGCAGAUAGGUAGCUCCGGGAGUGGAAAAGGCGUUUUCUAUAAGUAAAAGUAAGAUUACACUUCGUAACAUUAGUACGUUUAGUACGUUUACUUCGCUGACGGUUGGUCACUAAGUAGUGACACAUUAGCGGUGCUAGUGCUCACUGAACCUGUCAGAAAUGCUCCUGUCAGACGACUCCAGCAUUAAAACACUACUGUGAAGCUGCUCUUGAGCAAUAAAUAUGCGAUAACUGUUGCCGCUGUGUCGAGAAAACUUGGUUAUUUCCACGGAUAACCCCCCCCCCUUUAUCGACCAAAGUCAGACCCAGAUAGACGUGGAGACCGACCAUGUCUUUCUUUAACUUUCGGAAAAUAUUCAAGUUGGGUCCGGACAAGAAGAAAAAGCAGUACGACCACGUGCGCAGGGAUGUGAAUCCAGAGGAGGUCUGGGAGAUUAUUGGAGAACUUGGGGAUGGAGCUUUUGGGAAGGUGUACAAGGCUCAGAACAAGCAGUCGGGCAUUUUGGCUGCAGCGAAGGUGAUUGACACUAAGACCGAGGAGGAGCUGGAGGAUUAUAUGGUGGAGAUUGAUAUCCUGGCGUCCUGUGACCAUCACCACAUAGUAAAGCUCCUGGAUGCCUUCUACUAUGAGAGCAAACUCUGGAUUCUUAUUGAGUUUUGUGCUGGAGGGGCUGUGGAUGCUGUGAUGCUGGAGCUGGAGAGGCCUCUGACUGAGCCACAGAUCAGGGUGGUGUGUAGGCAGACUCUGGAGGCCCUGCUGUACCUGCAUGAAAGCAAGAUCAUCCACCGAGAUCUGAAGGCUGGAAAUAUACUGCUCACACUGGAUGGGGAGGUCAAGCUCGCGGAUUUUGGAGUGUCAGCCAAAAACACUAAAACUCUUCAGAGAAGAGAUUCCUUCAUUGGGACUCCAUACUGGAUGGCUCCGGAGGUGGUGAUGUGCGAGACAUCGAAGGACAGGCCGUAUGACUACAAGGCUGAUAUCUGGUCCCUGGGCGUCACACUGAUAGAGCUGGCUCAGAUAGAGCCACCUAACCAUGAGAUGAACCCUAUGCGGGUGCUGCUGAAGAUCGCCAAGGCUGACCCACCUACUCUCAUGCAGCCUUCGAAAUGGUCUCCAGAGUUCAGUGACUUCCUGAAACGUGCUCUGGACAAGAAUGUGGACAACAGAUGGAGUGCAGCCCAGCUCCUUCAGCACCCGUUUGUGAGCAGUGUUACUGAUAGCAAACCAGUAAGAGAGCUAAUAGCAGAGGCCAAGGCUGAAGUCACCGAAGAGAUAGAGGAAUCGAAAGAGGAAGAAGAGGAGGAUGAUCAUGAAGGACAGCUGCUGCUGCCUGGACACAAGCGUGCUUCAUCUGAUGCCAGUGUUGGAAGCUCUGAAGAUGAGAAGCUUUCCCAGUCGCCUUCUACACUGGAAGCUGUUCCAGAGAAGAUUGAAGAGAUUCCCAAGUUGCAAAACGUGGAGGUUAAAGAUGACAAGAUAGCUGAACCAAAAACUCCCCAAGUAGAGGUGAAUCACAUCAAGGAACCACUAGAACCUGCUGCUAAAGAACCUGCAGAGGUACCAAUUUCUAACGCGAAACCUCAGGAACCUACAGAGGCAGAGGUUAACCGUGUAGAAACUCCUGAUGUGGUUCUCAAACCAGAGGUACCUUUUACUCAGCUAGAUGUAGUGAAGUCAGAAGAGGAGAUGAAAGCGAAUGCACAGCCAACACAAGGAGAGAAGGAGGUAGACACAGCUGAAAAUGUGUCUGUAAUCCACGAUAAUGAUGAGGUGGUGAAGAGAGAACCUGUAUCUGAGACUUCCACUGUGGAAGGGGAUAAACCAGUCACUGAGGAUGCCACUGUUGUAGAGCCUGAGGAAAAACCUACACCUCCCAGCUCUCCGGUGAAAGAAGAAGAUAAAAAAGAGACAGCAGAUGAGAAGUCUGCCAUGGAGAAAGAGAAUAAGACCUCUACAAAGCGAAGGUUUGAGAAGAAAAAUUCAGACUCCAGGAUCAGAUCUGCAGCAGAUAACAGCAGCAUAGAUCUAAACCUGUCCAUUUCCAGCUUCAUAAGCAAAUCUAAGGAGUCAGGAUCCAUGCAGGAUACAAAGCGUCAGAAGAAGACCCUGAAGAAGACCCGCAAGUUCAUUGUGGAUGGUGUAGAAGUCAGCGUAACAACAUCCAAAAUAAUCACAGACAAUGAUGCCAAAAAUGAGGAGAUGAGAUUCCUAAGACGCCAAGAGCUCAGGGAGUUGAGGCUACUGCAGAAGGAGGAGCAGAGAGCCCAGCAGCAGCUCAGCAACAAAUUGCAGCAGCAAAGGGAGCAGAUCUACAGACGGUUUGAGCAAGAAACCACGAGCAAAAAACGUCAGUACGAUACUGAGGUGGAGAACCUAGAGCGGCAGCAAAAGCAGAUUAUCGAGAGACUGGAGCAGGAACACACCAACCACCUCCGUGAUGAGGCCAAGAGGAUCAAAGGCGAGCAGGACAAGGAGCUCUCCAAGUACCAGAACAUGCUGAAGAAUCGCAAGAAAGAGGAGAUGGGAAUUUCCCCCAACCACGUACGGAAAGCAAUCGCGAAACGCUUUAGAGAGGAUCUAAUACAAGCACCACAUGAGGAGGAGCAGGAGUUUUUACAGAAGCAGCAGCAGGAACUGGACAGUGCUCUAAAGAAGAUCAUCCAGCAACACAAGCAUGAGCUCGCCACUGUGGAGAGAGACUGCCUCAACCACAAACAGCAGCUGCUUCGAGCCCGGGAGGCAGCCAUGUGGGAGCUGGAAGAGCGCCAUCUACAGGAGAAGCACCAGCUCCACAAACAGCAGCUUAAAGAUCAGUACUUCUUACAGAGACACCAGCUGCUCAAGAGACACGAGAAGGAAAUGGAACAGAUGCAUAGGUAUAACCAGCGUCUGGUCGAGGAGCUGAAAUCAAAGCAGACUCAGGAGAGGACCAGACUACCCAAGAUCCAACGCAGUGAUGCCAAGACACGUAUGGCCAUGUUCAAAAAGAGCCUGCGCAUCACCUCUGCCGGCGUCUCUCCCGAACAAGAGAGGGAGAAGAUCAAACAGUUUGCAGCACAGGAGGAGAAAAGGCAGAAGAACGAAAGGCUCCAUCAGCAUCAGAAACAUGAGAACCAGAUGAGAGACCUGCAGCUGCAGUGUGACAACAAUGUCAGAGAGCUGCAGCAGUUACAGAAUGAGAAGUGCCAUCUGCUGAUUGAACACGAGACGCAAAAGCUAAAGGAGCUGGAUGAAGAGCACAGCUCUGAGCUGAAGGACUGGAGAGACAAACUGCGACCCAGGAAGAAGGCGCUUGAGGAAGAGUUUGCGCGGAAGCUUCAGGAACAAGAGGUCUUCUUUAAGAUGAGCGGAGAGUCCGAGUGCCUUAACCCAACCACCCAGAGCCGCAUCUCCAAGUUCUACCCCGUCCCCAGCGUCCACUCCACUGGGUUUUAACUCAGACACACAUACGCAAACAAACAUGCGCGAUGCACAUUUCGGUAAAAACAUACAUAAACUCACUUGAUCAGUGCAAAGUACAUGCAUACAUAUCUUUUUUCCACACUACACUUACACAAAGCCAUUAUAAGUACAGGCCACUUUAUUCACACAAGUGGGAUUUAACAGAUCACACACAUACAUGCACUCAUCUUUAGCAUGUGUGCAAACUACAUGGCAUUAUUGUGACUGAACCUUUGCUGCCUUCCCUCCACCAGUCUGAUAACAGUCAGAUUAAAUAAAGGGGGUCACUCAUUCUAGAAGGGAGGUUAGCCCCUUCUUUACUUUCUCUGUGGAAAGACUAAACUGUUCCAAUAAGCUACAGGCCAUGCACACGACGGCUUUACAAUGUCCUACUAUUUGGGAGCUACUGUAGCAUUUUUUUAAACCACAAUCUUGUUUAAAAUGGAUAUAAAGCAUAGACAUGUCUAAGUAAUGAAAACAUUAGUUGAUCCUUAGAAAUCGAGUAAUUACUUUCAUUUUGUUCGUUGUAGUAUUCAAGUGUAAUUAUGUAAUUAUGUAUCUGAUUACUUAGUGAGUUACACAUACAUUAGAUUUUUGUUCAAUUUACGUUCGGUUUCGACAGGUUCAUGUCUGCACUUACUGCUUUUUUCCAUUCGUCACAAUAUCAACAGAAAUUGUUUUGUUUCUGCAAAAUGAAGUAACUACAGUAGCAACUUUUGAUCAAAUUCAAAUAAUAAUAAUAUGUUUUCAGUUCUGCUUACAAAUACUAACACAGUAUUGAAUAAAAGUUUAGAAUCCGCACUACCGACUUGUUUCAAUGAGCUAAUAGUAUCAAAUUUUGUUAUCGCCGGCGAUAACUGCGAUUUCUAAGGUUUAAUAAAGCGGAAAGGUAAACCUUUAAACCU